UCUGGUACGGUGAGGUUGUCGUGCUCAGCGUGUCCCCAGACCCUCGCCAGCCUCGAGUGAAGUGCGUGUCUGGAAUUUUUAACAGUGAUUCGCUGAAAUUUUCAGCAACGUUAAACAUUAGAAAAAUUUUACGAAUGAAUUUCACUUUAACUAAUCUCGGCAAUGUCAGAACUUGGAUAAAUAUUAAAAAUCUUUGUAUAAAUGUGUUGUUUAAUAUUUAUUGCGACAAGCGUGCGCGGAAAUUUAUGUGUGAGAAAACAAUUGCCCUUCAAACUUAGGAAUGACUCUUUGAUUAAAAUUUUCGCUCUAUAAAUUUUGCUGUUGAGCGUAUACCGAUCGCUGACGUCAGGGAAUUGAGCCCUCAUAAUAAUUUUUUUGUCAAGAAUUACAAUCAAGAUCGUUUGGAUAAAUAAUUCACGAGAACUCAAUAGUGUAUCGCCAGCAAAGGAUCAUAUACGAUGUCGCGUGACUGCUGUUGCGUGCGGGUUUCGGCUCUUCUCCUGGUCGCCCUGCUCCUCGUGAUCCAUUCGAUCCCUCCUUCUCUGUGCACAUCUGACCAUCGUGCUCCUCCUGACCAGAUUCCUGGCCAAUUUCGGUCGCCAGGUCACCGGCAAGAUCAAUCCCCGAAUUCUGACCUGCUAAAGGAUCAACCGAGUAACCCAAACCCUGUGCCCCAUCGAGACCAGAAUCCGGAAGAAGUGCAUGAGCAAUCAUUGCACCUCAGCGCGUUGCAUGAUCAAUUUAUGAGUUCAUACCCUUCGUCAUCGCAUGAUCAAUUAAGGAAAAACAAGAAACUCUCUCCUACUUCCAAGAAAAAGAAAGAAUCACCUCAUCUUUCAAAGAAAACCGGCAAUAUCCUCCUUGGCCAUACACAAAGUAGCGAAAUAUAUCCUGACCAUCACCAACACCACGACCUCUUGUUUGAUCAAUUCCAGAACCCCGAACAAAUGGCAGCUCGCUCAGAUCCGCCCCAACCUCCCAGAGCCCACAAUUCUAGUCUUCUUCAGCCUCCAAGUCGACUUCAUCUUGAAGCCUCGCAAUUGGGCUCACGGCAAUCCAAUAAAAGAUUGCCGAGCAAUUCCAUGGGCGUUGCAGAGCAAUCCUCCGUGCCACAUGUAACUCUUCAUCCAGAGCCACGCGAGGGCAAAAAGACGGGUUCUAGUGGGGUAAAAAAUAGUGCUUUAUCUCUUGAGAGUGAGAAGAGUUAUACCCCCCAUCAUGAUGAAAGAAGUAAUAGCUCGUACACUAGCGCGAGAAAAACUGGUGAUCAAUCUCGUCGAAAUGGGAAAACGAGUGAAUUGCAUCACCCUGAAGAAGAAAUAAGUCUUUCGCACACCCAUUCGUCAUCACAUGGGGAGGAAAAAAACUUUUCCACUCUAAAAAACCGCCUUAACUUUCCUAUAAAAUCCAAAACUCGGUGGCCGAGAAGUGCGCUUGGGGAAUAUUUCAGGGACCACGGCGACCUCUACCCCGGCGACUUGCUGGACGGCGCGCCACAUUCGCUGCCCGUCACGCUCGACGCUGAGCACACGCGCGUCGGCAAGCCCGCCAACCUCAUCUUCAAGGACCCGACGUACCUGAUCGCAGUGCCGCGACACGUGCACGCAGGCCGCGUGUUCCGCAUCGCCGUCAACAUCCUGCCGCCCUCACCGGCGCUCGUCAUCCGCGCCGCGCUCUUCCGCGACAACAUCGAACUUGCCGCCGUCGAGCGCGAGUGCGAGCCUGACCUGCUGCAGCUCAUCGAGAUUAUGGUGCCGAAUUCAAGUGGACUCGGCAAGUAUCGCCUGAAAGUCGAGGGCUCUGAAGUGGGUUGGCUGGUGGGGUCGGCCUUCAGUAGAGAAGCUCUCCUAACGUUCAAGCCUCUCGGCCCGUCUGUUCUGGUGCACACCGACCGUCCUGUUUACAUGCAGGGGGACACAGUGCGGAUCCGCGUGGUUGGAGUGGACAGCGCGGGACGGCCCGCCCCGGAGUCCGUGGACGUAUACAUUCUGUCCCCUAGGGGAGUGCUGGUCAGGCGGUGGCUGUCCCGGCAGUGCGGGGAGCGCGUCGUGGGCUUACAGUUCCCCUUGAGCGCCGAGCCUGAGGAGGGUCGCUGGACUGUGCGUGUUGAAGAAGCCAGCGCCGUCACUGAGCAUCACUUCAUCGUCGAGUACUUCUAUCCGACCAGGUUUGAGGUGGACGUGGAAGUUCCCCCGUUCAUAUCGACGGACUCAGCAGUUCUGAGCGGUGUGGUAUACGCUAACUACACAUCAGGCGCACCCGUGUCGGGAAACGUGACCGUGAGGGCUUCUGUGCGAUCACUUCUACCUGACCGGCCCCAUCUGCACUUCGCUCCUGACCCUUCACUCCUAAUGCCGGUCACUUCGUUCUACGGAGCGUUUCCGUUCAGAUUCCACUUAACGGAUUUGGACGACCUGCUGCCCUCAGGAGGCCUGGAGAACUCGGAGGUGACCAUCAGCGCUCAAGUGGGCGACAUGAUCUGGAACAUCAGGCAACAGGGAUACUCUAAAACUCGCAUCAUCGAGAGCAAACUUAGGCUCAAGUUCUUGGGCGACUCCCCUCACAUACUACGGCCUGCAAUGCCCUUCAAAUUCUACCUGGCGGCGACCCAAGGCUCGUCAGCGCCGGUGCCAGAGUCGCGGUUAUCGCGUCACCGGCUCCUGGUCACGCCAGAAGUGACGCUCAGCAACGGCCGACCGGACUACGAGGUUGAGUCAGAGGUCGCAUCCCUGGCCCUGACGGCCGAGCUGAAGGAGGCGGCCGGAGGGAAGGCUUACGCCAAGCUGGUGGCGGUCACCCACCACUCCCCUGGCGGGAGGUUCCUCCAGAUAUCCACCUCCACCAGGAAUCCACAGGUAGGAGAAUACGUCAUCCUGCACGUGAGGAGCAACUUCUACCUGGAGAAUUUCCGCUAUCUUUUACUGAACAAAGGCCUUAUCGUGGAAGCCGGUCAAGAAAAAAUGGAGGCCUCACUGCACACGUUCCCACUCGCCCUGGACGCCUCGCUAGCCGGGGCUGCUACAGUCGUCGUCUAUUGGACAGGCCGCGGUGGAACUCUGGUCGCCGACUCUUUAACUUUCCCCGUAAACGCUAUAACCCGCGACCCUGUUGAACUAAACGUCACGGCGAUGCAGCGCUCCAAGCAGCCAAUCAAACUAGAACAGUCCAAGUUCGCCUCGAGACAUCCCAGGCAAGUUGAUCCGAUUGAAGAAGCGGUUGCGACAGAACAGGAAUUGAUGCAACUUCCAGCACCCGAUGCGCAAGGCAAUUUAUCUGACAUGUUAGGCCCUGUGACAAGCGACGAUCGUUCGUCAAACGUAACAGGAGAAAAGACUGAUGAGUCCAUCAAUAACAACAAUACGGUUUCAUCCGAAGAUGAGUUUUCAGAAGUCAAUGUCACCAUGAACAAUUUAUCGUCGGAAUCUUCUAGUAAACCUAACAUCGAAUCAGCUGAGUUUGGCCGGCUAUAUUCUCCAAAUUUUUCUGCGCCUGCUCAAUAUUCCAACUCUUCUUAUGCAAUAGCGACUGCUCUUCUGAAUGUCACAACCGAUAGUGUCACAAUCAGCAGAAACGUCAAUUUUGUAAAUAAUUAUAGGGAAAACUCAACUGUAAUGCUAGAAAAUUUGAAAGAAUCAGGCCUGAUUUUCGAGUACGAAGAUAAAUCUUCAAAAAACAAUGAAUCAAAUUUAGACGCUGAUGAAACAAGCAGUUUAAACCACCUGCUCCAUGAAAUGAAUCAGACCAUCAACUUUUCAUCUGCGAUAAGCAGUCAAUCAUCAAACAAAUUUGAAAAAGAAUCCACAUUUAGUUCGUUAUCACCCAUUAUCACUGAUCCAUCGCUGAUGGUGAUUGAGGAACGAAGUCUUCUACUCGUACAUGAUAACGUGACGAAUAUGCCAGCCAACCAUGGCAAUUAUUCAGUGUUUCCUGAUUUUUCGACAAAUCCUAAGCCUUCGAGUCCGACAAACGAUUUGCUGAAUAUUUCUCUAAUUGAAUCGUCAAAUAUCCAGUUGGUUCCUAUUGAAAACCACACGUCAUUUCUCCAGCUUCAGCCUCAUCAAGAUUCUGCGGAAGCCCGUGGAAUUUUACGCUCAUCUGUCCAGGUUAACAAAAUUUUCAAAACUUCUUUGGGACGUGAUCAGAGUUCCAAUCUAUCCGUGCAAUUUUCAAGCAAUGCCGCUUUUCUUCAGGAAAAGGAAAUGAAAAUUAGUUCUUCAAAAUUGCGUUCUUCUCUCCCUACGGUUCAGUCAGAAAACUUGCCUCAAACUUCCACAUCGAAUUAUUCUGAAGUUCCGAAAUCAACUUCAUCGGUUUCCUUGUAUAGCGUCGAGACAACGGAGGAUCUGCCUUACAUCAAGCAGGGGACAGACUCGUCCCAGGUCACAGCUCGCAGUUCCUCCAAUGAUAGUCAAUCUGAAAAAUACGAUAUCGAAAAUUAUUUCACUGCCGAAUCAAGCAUCGAGAGUAUUCAGCCUGAGAAAUACAGUCCGAAGAUUAAUUUGAAUAUCAAUGCUGAAUCAAGCUUCGCAGAUUUAGAGUACGAAGCGACGGUAAUCGAAACCGAUGACUUGAACAACACCGACCAAAUGUACGCUGAUGAGAAUACUCAGACAGUUCUCGAGGAUGACGGCGCUGAAGACAUGGACUCAUUACCUCUUCCGUCCAGGGAGCACAGGAGGCGAGACUUACGUCGUUAUGAAUAUGCAGAUGACGUUAAGGAGGACGUGUUACGAUUGACAGUGAAGGGCCUCCCAGGAGCUCGAGUGUCACUGGCAGGAUACAGCUGGGACAAGUUCGGCAUGGCGGGCGGCAGCCAAAUGAGCCACGCUCAGGUCAGACUGGGCCUCCCAGGAGCUCGAGUGUCACUGGCGGGAUACAGCUGGGACAAGUUCGGCAUGGCGGGCGGCAGCCAAAUGAGCCACGCUCAGGUCCUCACCGAGAUGACAAGACCUGAUCGCCCCACGCGAGGCUCGUCCUCCGAGCCGCACAUGCAGCAGUGGGGGGCGGUGUGGAGCGGUGCUGAGGAGCUUGUUCGUCUACCUCGUUCGUCGUUGGGAGUCGAUGCCAACGACACCUUUUCUUUGGCUGACGUGCUCGUGCUCACUGACGCCAGCGACUGGCAGUUGCCGGGGCCAUGUCAAGACGCUCGCCAGCUGCCAUGUCUUAUGUCAGGCUGUUACUCGCAGACGUCAGCCUGUGAUGGACACUGGGACUGUCCUGAUGGCAUCGACGAGCGUCACUGCGACCGCCUGACUCCAGCAGAAAAAGACAUCGAAGAGUUCAUGUUAUCGCGGCAAAAUAGACUGGCGCGACACGUGGCACCGCCGUGGCUCUGGAGUCAUGUCACUCUCAACGACUCUGGCAUGGCCGCGCUCACGGUGCUCAGGCCUUAUGACCUGGCCUCGCCUCUUGUUCUCUCAGGCUUCAGUUUACACAAACACAAAGGACUGAGCUUGUUGGAAAACCCUGUUGAGUGGGUGGACGAAGACUCGUUCCAGCUUCGCGUUGAGGCGCCCGAGCGCGCGGGUGCCUGGGAGCACGUGGGCGUACGCGUGACGGCACUCAACCGGCACCUCGAAGACGUGACCGCCCACAUCACCCUGGCGCACAGCGAACAGUAUAAGUUCGUCGCACUUGAAGACUUCGAUGUUGCAGGGUUUGACAGCAAACAAGGGUAUCAACGGCGUCGGUUUUCUGAAGGCGAACAUCAACACACAAUUCAUGUGGCUGGCGGUGGAAGCAUCACCCUUUAUCUUCCCAUCGUACCUUUCACGCUAGGCGAGGUGACUGUGCAGGUGACAGCUGUCAUUCCUGGCAAGAAACUCCGCGCCCAAGUCAACAUACUUGUCGAGGCAAUGGGUGCUCUACAGCAGCAUCACACAUCACUGCUGGUGGAUCUCAGCAACAAGCCUUACUACUUCACCUUCCUAGACAUCAACAUACCCCCGUCUCAAGGCUACGUUGCAGGCUCAACAAGUGCUCUAGUUGCAGUGUCGGGUGACACGAUUUGUCCCAUACCGACCCUCAAACACGACGCCACCCGAACCGCUGAGCGCAUGCAGAGAAUCGCCUCUCCCACAGCGAGCUCCACGGCAUCGCUCAAUUUGCCCACCAGCGGAAGCGAGUCGGCCAUUUACAGCAUCCUUCUGACGGCACUCCAGCUAGCGCACUUACAGGAGCAACAGCAACUUUUGCAGCCUACGUCUCAUUCUCAGCUUCAGUAUCAGGCACUGCUAGCACAUCAAGGCGCUGAUGGAGGCUUCAAGUUCUUCAGUCAGAGUAAAUCACCAUCUUGCGUUUGGUUGAGCGCGACUGCUGUGCGCGCUCUGCACGAGCUCUCCACUGUAGCGCCCCACCUCGUCUACGUUGAUCCCCAAACCAAGGAUCGCGCACUCAGAUUUGUACUAUCUCAUCAAACGAGUUUCGGGGCGUGGUGGGAGCCUGGCAGUGUGAUAGGGGCUCGACAGUUGCAGCCUUCAUCGUACAGCUUCGCUAACGAGACCACGAACGGCCUCAACCUUACCACUUCUGCACACACCCUCCUACAGCUCCUCACUCUCACGCAGCUGCCUUCUCCCCUGGACGAGAGGGUGGCGUCGGCCAUAUUGCGAGGCCGGAGUUGGCUGGAGCACAGCCUGCGUAAAGUGGAGCGCGCAUCUCGACCGCUGGAAGCCGCGCUUGUUGCCCUCGCGCUCCACGAGGCGAAAUCGCCGUUAGCUGAAGCUGCUAAACAGAGUACACAGGACACACUGGCAGCGUGGGAGGCACUGCAGCAAUACAGCAUCAAGAUGGGCACCGCGCGGGACACUCAAAUUUCAGUCACAGUAGAGCCGCUCGUCGACCCUCCAGCUGGCAAGCUUACCGGCCACUCCCCCGGCCACUACGAUCAAGAGGUGCCGUCACACACGUUCCACAUCACGAACAGUAACCUGCUACAUAAGAAACUGUCGCAGCGCAGCGUCAACUUCUUCUUUGAUCAGCUUGACGGCAGCAACACUUGCGUGGAGUUGGUGGUGGAGCGUUGGUUCCCUGUCGCGAACUUGACCAGCAAACUUCCCGUGACGGUAUACGAGUACCACGCGCCUGAGCUAAAAACCAUUGAAUUCUUGGACAUGUCUGAGGUGACCUUCGACAUCUGCCAAGUCUGUGGUUCCUACCAGUGCCCCAACUGCCCUGAACCAUCUUACUAUCUCAGCUCCUCGACCACCGGAGCGCCCAAUGGUUUAUUGCUUCUUCUUGUCACAAUUUCGAGUGUUAUCCUGUCAAGCUUCCCCUUAUGUUCACUUACGUCAUCCGCGAAGAAAAUGUACAAGCUGUAUUAUUCUCUGUUUAGAAUUUACAUUGUCCAUUUACUGAAACUUGUGUUAGCAACCGCUGUUGAGUCAGUGUUGAUCAUUUACAAAAGACGCAAAGUCGACAGCGGCUUAUUGAUCCCCUUUGGACUAACUGCAAUUAACUCACUUUACUCAUGGGUGCUAAGCUCGUCUUUACUCAGCUCCCUUGAGAUAAGAGCUCUGCAGGACAUCAUAUUUCGCUGUCAACGUUUAUGGAGUGCGCCUAAAGACAAAUGGUUUGGCUCUGCAGCUAAGGCCGAAGAGCAGCAGCUCAAUGGCACCAAAUCCAGAAAUAGAAGAUAAUGUGCUCAUUUUUGUACUAUAGAUCCGUAACGGUAAGAAAAGAACCUCAACAGUGUGUGAAGUAUAAGGAUAGAUGUAAUAAAAAUUUAUAUGCUGGUUUCAGCUGAAAUCCAUGUUUAUAAUUGGGAAUAUCGUGGUUUUUGUAAUUAUGAUUAUCUGAAUUAAGAAUCGAAGUUACAAUCGCGUAAGUGAGCCAUUCCUUUGGAACAUUUUUGCAUUCAGUAAAAAUUUUACUGAUGUUUUCUGCGUACAACUCUAACAGGAAAUUUAUUAAUUUUUCCCGCUUUACAUCAGCAUUCAAGACAGUUUUUUUUGGAAUUUUAUGAGUUCGAAACUGUCAUCAUCAUUCCAUCCGAUGUCCCAUCCUGCAAAUUAUAUGAGGUUGUAAUAGUUGAUGAAGGUUUUUAUUACCUUGAUUUGAUCUCUAAAUUUAUAAAACACUUUGAAAGUUUGAUCACUUGAAGAGAUUUGUUGCUCCUCAAAGGAGAUCGCUCCCCAUUGUCUACAGUGAGGUGAUUCCUUUAUCAUUAUAUAAUUAAUAUAAUGAUGUCCUUAAUAGAGGCGAUACGCAUUCAUCCUUCAUAUUUAUAAUUAUAUAUCUAGUCAAUCGAACUCCAUAUACCAUUGACGCGUUUAUUGUCAUUAUUGUACAGUACAUUAAUAUUUUUAUUUAAUAAGUUCCUGAAUAAGUUCCUUCCUAAGUACCCUAUAAUUUUUUCCUGAUUCUAUAACGUUUGUCUCAAAACAAAUACGUCACACACAUAAGUUAUCACAGUAGAAGCAAUUUUCAAUGUUUGAGCCGUACUCGCAGGAUAAAUUAUCCAGAUUGUUUGUUUGUUUAUUUAUCAGAGGAACCAUCUUUAUUUAUUCUUCUCG